UCCCAAAAGGGUGUGGCUCAUUGUUUGCACCAAACAAGAAGCAAUCUCCUUGUAAUUUUAAAUCCCUUGUCUCCAGCAAAGCAGCCUCGCUCAUCUCUCAAACAGGCCAUGUCUCGUGGCAUCUUUGCUUAUCUCACUAGGAGUGGUAAUCCAAAGAAAAAGGACGAGCAGCAGAAGAAGAAAAAGAGGCGAUGGCUCUUCAGAAGAGCAGAGAGCUCUUCAAGCUUAACUGACGACAGAGACAAUGGAUUCUAUGGGAAUUCGGGGCCUUCCUUUGCCGGAGUUUCACCCUACGGUGAUAUUUCACCGAAUCAAUUCUUCAGUAAGACUGGUCUGCAGAAAGAUGGUGAAAUUAUUGAAAAGCAUCACAGAAGAGGAGGAGGAGCAGCAGCAGCAGAAAGAAAAGCAAAGGAACCUGAAGUUGACUUGUCACUGGAUGAUUUUGAUCUCCCUCAGGCAAAUGUUCUCCGUCGACCAUCUUUAUAUGAGGUUUUUGAGAAUAAUGGUUCAAAGAAAGAGCCUGCAAAAACCCUUGGUCCUAAUAUAAUGCUUGAUGAAAAUGAAAGGAAUGAGAAAAAUGAAGACAAUUCUGAAGAAGAUGACGAUGAAGAAGAAGAAAUUACUAGUCCCUAUGAGAAGGACUCAUUUCACCAGCGUAUGGACUCUAAAGCAAGCUGCAGUAGCUCUGAUAACAGAAUGAAAGCAGUCGUCUCUCCUCAAACAAGUGAUGGUGACGUGUACAGUAGAAGGAAAGACAGGAAGAGUGUAAGAUCACUCACUGAGGAAUCAAUAGCUGUAUACUCUGAAGCACAAGCUGACAGCAGAGUAAAGAAACACGGGAGGGAAAAGCUGCGAAACAUGCCACCACACCCGCCAUAUUUCCCCUUCCAUCCAAUGCCCAUUCCACCUCAUCUCUACAAUGGAAAGGAUCGGGAUAAUUCCUUUCCACCUCCAUUCCUCCCUCCUCCUCCACUUGGCUAUAGAUAUCCGCCGCCUCAUCCCCACAUGAUGUUCUACCCUCACCCUCUCCCACCUCCUCCUUCUCAUCCUUCACAGCAUCACCCUCACCCUCACUAUCCUCACGGUGUUCCAUUUCCUCCUCCUGGAUACCCUCCUUUCUUUCCACCUCUACAAGAGGAGGAGAGGGAGCUGGUUGAGGGUGAGAAGAGGAAGCAGAGAAAGAAGCAGAAGCAAAAACGUCAGAAUAAGCCAAAGGAAGUAGAUGAAUCUUUGCAUAACGAGGAGCCAAAAGCAGAAGAUCCUUUUGCAAACUUAGAUGACAUACCUCAAGGCCUUAACAAUUUUUUAUAUUGAUUAAGUUAUUUUAGCUGUAAUGUACCAACUUGUAUUAUUUAAUUUAAAACAUCUUUCCUCAAGACUACA